AUUUCUGAGUUGUGGUCGAUGAUUGCGCGGCUUGACUGAUUGCCCACCAUUGCUGCUGGCCAUUUACACGCUAGUGGUUCCUCCCCUUUUGGCCUCUCCUCCCUCGUCCCCUUUUCCGUGAUUCAUCCCCAUUUCACCGCAGAGAACCAACAAAAUGCAGGAAGGCGAAGGAACUGCCGCCAUGUUCAUUCCCAGCUUGGUUGGUUCAAUGGAGAGGGAUCGUCCCAAGAGAGACGAAUGGAGCGAGGGAGCCGUGGCGAACCUGCUGGAUGCCUACGAGGCCAAGUGGGUCAUGCGGAACCGUGCGAAGCUCAAGGCCGAGGACUGGGAGGACGUUGCCCGCCGGGUAUCGUCUCGGGCCAACUCCACGAAGCCGCCGAAAACGCUGACGCAGUGCAAGAACAAGAUUGAAUCCAUGAAGAAGCGCUACCGCUACGAAUGCAACAAUGCCAACGUCUCCUGGCCCCUGUUUCACCGCCUCGACUCGCUUCUCUGCUGUCGGUCGCCGCCGGCGAGGCCGCGGCCGCCGCUCUUGCUGCUCGAGCCCGGUCCUAGCGCCGAGAAGGACCCGCCGGUGGCAGAUGGUGAACAGGGAGCGAGGAGAAGGAAGGCGAAGGGGAAGAGCAGUUGGGCGCUGGCGAGGAGCAUCCGGUGCCUGGCGGACGCGAUGAUGAGGACCGAGACGGUGAAGAUGGAGGCGAUGAGGGAGGUGGAGCGCGCGCGGGCGGAGGCAGAGGCCCGGAACAGGGAGCUGGAGAUCAGGCGGGUAGAGAUCAUAGCGAAGACGCAGGUGAAGAUUGCGAGGAUUCUCGGCGGAAGGAAGCGGAAGGAGACUAACAGACUUGAUCCCGACGGGGCUGCUGCCAUCUCCGUCGCUGCGACGGCCCUUCACUGUUUGCUUCAUUAAUGGGUAAUGACAGAGCAUAAUGUAUGAUCUUAGUUGCUUUCUCUCCUGUAAAUCUAUGUUUUCAUGAAGUUGGUAAUGUCUGAGAAGGCGCAAUUACAGUCAUCAAGGACUGAGAAUUGAUUAGAAAUGGUGAUCUUUAC